AUGGUCGCCCCUAUAGUCCAGCAGGCACUCCUCGCGGCUAUCUUUGCAAUCGCUCUCAGACUCCUGUGGAAAUCGCGCGCACUCCUCCUAGCCCCGUUCACCUCCCCUCUACUGAGCCUCCCGGGACCGCCCAGCCCAAGUCUGUUCUUCGGGAACCUCAAGCAGCUGCGCGAAUCCGACGAGGACCUCACGCGCGAUAACUGGGCUAAAGACCAUGGCUCCGUUCUCAUGUAUAAAGGCUUCUUCAGCGAACCGCGGCUAUUCACGACGGACACGCGAGCAAUCAACCACAUAUUAACGCAUUCCGCAGAGUACUACAAGCCCGCACAAGCACAGCGUACUCUCUCCCGUCUACUGGGAAAAGGUGUACUUAUCACGGAAGGCGACCAGCAUAGGCAACAGCGGAGAAUCAUGAAUCCGGCUUUCGGUCCUUCGCAAAUACGCGAGCUCACGGAUGUGUUCGUAGAGAAAGCGAUUGAGCUUCGCGAUGUGUGGACCGCAGAGCUCUCCGCCAACGGCGAGCCCGCCCGAAUCAACGUCAUCCGAGGCCUAAGCAAGAUGACGCUCGACGUCAUCGGCCUAGCCGGGUUCAACUACGAGUUCAACGCCCUAAACCCGUCCGGCAAGCCCAGUGAACUAGCGGAGGCGUUCGAAAAGAUCUUCAAGGUCCCCGAGAAGAUCCCGAUCAUGAUGAUCUUGCGGAACUUCUUCCCGAUAUUGAACAUCAUCAAAGACGAACGGGUGCGACAAGUCGAGCAGGCGAAGGCGACCAUGAACCGCAUCGGCACACAGCUGAUCGCGGAGAAGAAGGCCGCGAUCGCGCGCGAGGCGUCGGAGAAAAAGGGCCACGGCGGAGGAGGGCAGAGCCUGCAGGGGAGGGACCUCCUCACGCUGCUCAUCAAGGCGAAUAUGGCAACAGAUAUCCCUGAUAGCCAACGGCUGUCGGACGCCGAUGUGCUAUCUCAGGUCCCGACAUUCCUGGUCGCAGGCCACGAAACGACCAGCACCGCCACGACAUGGUGCCUAUACGCGCUCACCCAAGCCCCGAACGCGCAGAAGAAGCUCCGCGAGGAGCUGCUAGCAGUCGAGACCGACACCCCCACGAUGGACGAGCUCAUGGCGCUCCCCUACCUGGACAUGGUCAUCCGCGAGGCCCUGCGCGUGCACGCACCCGUGCCGCGGUCGAUGCGCGUCGCGAUGAAAGACGACAUGAUCCCGCUCAGCGCGCCGUUUACUGACCGGAACGGGAACGUACAAGAUCACGUCAAGGUCCUGGCGGGGAGCCCGAUCGUCAUUCCUAUCCUGACGUUGAACCGGUCGAAGGCGAUCUGGGGCGAGGAUGCGCACGAGUUCCGGCCCGAGCGAUGGGAGAGCCCGCCCGACACCGUCUCCAGCAUCCCAGGUGUGUGGGGCCACAUGCUCACCUUCCUCGGCGGCCCGCGCGCGUGUAUCGGCUACCGUUUCUCUCUUGUCGAGAUGAAAGCGCUGAUCUUCACACUCGUGCGCGCGUUCGAGUUCGAGCUCGCCGUCGACCCGGCGGACAUCAAGAAGGGCGGCGGGAUCGUGCAGCGGCCGAUGCUGCGGAGUGAGCCGGAGAAGGGGAACCAGAUGCCCCUUCUCGUGCGGAGGGUUACUCGGGCGUGAUGUUUUGAGUGGGUAUGGUAUACACGGCCGUUCGGGGAGACCGAUUUCUGUGAGCGUAAUCGGAGUGGGCAGUAUAACAUACUAUUUACAACUCGAGUACGUCUGCAGUAUGAUUUGAAC